GACGCGAGGCGGGACCCCCUGCCCGCCGCACCUGCGCGGCGCCCGGGCGGGAGCGAGCGGAGAAGCGGCAGGAGCCCGCCCCGCCCCGGGCGGCAGCGCGGCCGCGCCAUGGCAAGCGAGGACAAGCAAGUUGCUCAGCCAACAGGUGACGAUGGAGGAGGAGGCGGCGGCGGCCGGGCGGGCGCGGGGAGCACGCUGCAGCCGCUGCACCCGGCAGUGCCCAUCCGAGGCAUCCGCAUGAAAUUCGCCGUGCUGGCGGGGCUGGUGGAAGUGGGGGAAGUGUCCAACCGGGACAUCGUGGAAACUGUGUUUAACCUGCUUGUAGGAGGCCAUUUUGAUCUGGAAAUGAACUUCAUUAUCCAAGAAGGAGAGGGUAUUACAUGCAUGGUAGAUCUGUUGGAUAAAUGCGAUGCCACUUGCCAGGCUGAGGUAUGGAGCAUGUUUACAGCAAUCCUGAAGAAGAGUAUACGCAAUCUGCAAGUUUGCACAGAAGUUGGGCUUGUUGAACAUGUGCUCCAGAGGAUUGAUAAAGCUGAUAACAUGAUUGCAGAUCUCUUAGUUGAUAUGUUGGGUGUGCUGGCUAGCUAUAAUUUGACAGUUCGAGAACUAAAAUUGUUCUUCAGCAAACUUCAAGGGGAAAAAGGAAAAUGGCCACCACAUGCUGGCAAGCUGUUGUCUGUAUUAAAACACAUGCCCCAGAAAUAUGGACCUGAUGCCUUCUUCAACUUUCCCGGAAAAAGUGCUGCAGCUAUUGCCUUACCUCCUAUAGCCAAGUGGCCCUACCAGAAUGGAUUUACCUUUCACACUUGGUUAAGAAUGGAUCCUGUAAACAAUAUCAAUGUGGAUAAGGAUAAGCCUUACUUAUAUUGUUUUCGAACAAACAAAGGACUUGGUUAUUCUGCUCACUUUGUAGGAGGCUGUUUGAUUGUGACAUCAAUAAAAUCAAAAGGAAAAGGUUUCCAGCACUGUGUGAAAUUUGAUUUCAAGCCACAGAAGUGGUAUAUGGUUACUAUAGUUCACAUCUACAACCGUUGGAAGAACAGUGAACUUCGAUGUUAUGUGAAUGGGGAAUUGGCAUCAUAUGGAGAAAUAACGUGGUUUGUUAACACCAGUGAUACAUUUGAUAAAUGCUUCCUGGGUUCUUCAGAAACAGCAGAUGCCAAUCGAGUUUUUUGUGGACAAAUGACAGCUGUUUACCUUUUCAGUGAGGCUCUUAAUGCUGCUCAGAUCUUUGCCAUUUAUCAGCUUGGGCUGGGAUACAAGGGAACAUUCAAAUUCAAGGCAGAAAGUGAUCUAUUUCUUGCUGAGCAUCACAAAAUGUUGCUGUAUGAUGGCAAACUCUCCAGUGCAAUUGCUUUCAUGUACAAUCCAAGGGCUACAGAUGCACAGCUCUGUUUAGAAUCCUCACCCAAGGAUAACUCAUCUAUCUUUGUUCAUUCUCCACAUGCCCUCAUGCUGCAGGAUGUGAAAGCAGUCUUAACUCACUCCAUCCAAAGUGCUAUGCAUUCAGUUGGAGGAGUGCAGGUACUUUUUCCUCUGUUUGCACAGUUAGACUAUAGGCAAUACUCAUUGGAUGAAGUUGAUGCAACUGUUUGUUCCACGUUGUUGGCUUUCAUCAUGGAGUUACUGAAGAACUCCAUUGCUAUGCAAGAACAGAUGCUUUCCUGUAAGGGCUUCCAUGUGAUAGGAUAUAGUCUGGAAAAGUCUUCCAAAGUCCAUGUUACCCGAGCUGUGCUAGAACUAUGCCUUGCCUUUGCUAAAUACUUGAGUAACUUGCACAAUGGAGUGCCCUUGCUCAAGCAGCUUUGUGAUCACAUUCUUCUUAAUCCAGCAAUAUGGAUUCAUACCCCAGCAAAGGUUCAGUUGAUCUUGUACACGUACCUGUCUACUGAGUUCAUUGGCACUGUUAACAUAUAUAAUGCAAUUCGGCGAGUUGGGACAGUUCUUCUGGUAAUGCACACUUUAAAGUAUUACUACUGGGUAGUGAAUCCUCAAGAUCGUAGUGGAAUCACUCCAAAAGGAUUAGAUGGACCCCGACCUAAUCAGAAAGAGAUAUUUUCUCUGCGAGCACUCUUACUCAUGUUCAUUAAACAGCUGGUGAUGAAGGAUCAUGGAGUGAAAGAAGAUGAAUUACAGGCUAUCCUUAAUUAUCUACUCACUAUUCAUGAGGAUGACAAUUUAAUGGAUGUCCUGCAGUUGCUUGUUGCUCUGAUGUCAGAGCAUCCCAGUUCUAUGAUUCCUGCUUUCGAUCAAAGGAAUGGAUUACGGGUUGUCUACAAACUUUUAGCUUCGAAAAGUGAAGGAAUCAGGGUGCAAGCUUUAAAAGUGUUGGGCUACUUCUUAAAACAUCUCGCUCCCAAGAGAAAUGCUGAAAUCAUGCUUGGACAUGGAUUAUUCUCUUUGCUGGCUGAAAGGCUGAUGCUUCAGACAACUUUAAUCAGCAUGACCACAUACAAUGUUCUAUUUGAGAUUCUUACGGAGCAGAUUUGCACUCAAGUUAUACAUAAACAGCAUCCUGACCCAGAUUCAACAGUGAAGAUAGAAAAUCCUCUGAGUUGUUUUACAGAGGUACUGAAAGUAAUUGCGACCCUGCUACGUAACUCUCCCCAAUGUCCGGAAACCCUGGAGGUCCGUAGAGCCUUUCUCUCGGACAUGAUUAAACUUUUUAAUAACAGCAGAGAAAACAGGAGGAGUUUGCUGCAGUGCUCGGUGUGGCAGGAGGGGAUGCUUUCCCUUUGCUAUUUUAAUCCUAAGAACUCUGAAGAGCUGAAGAUAACUGAAAUGGUGUAUGCCAUAUUCCGAAUCUUGCUUUAUCAUGCAAUCAAAUAUGAGUGGGGUGGCUGGCGUGUUUGGGUGGAUACGCUCUCAAUCACACAUUCAAAGGUAACUUUUGAAAUGCACAAAGAGAGUCUUUCCCAAAUGUACAGGGAAUACCAAGGGAAAGGAGGAGAGGGAAGUAGUUUAGGACUUUCCACUCCAAUCAGAACUAUAUCGGGAGUUAGCGAAGCUGUAACAGCAGGAAGACAGGAGUAUGUGGAGGUGAGAGAUGCUACUUCAGCAUGUAUUGUUGGAGAUGAUAAUGUGGAGCAUAGUACCCAAGAAAAGGAGAUGAAACCGUCAACUGAAUGUGAGCAACAAAGUCAUUUAGCACCCAAUGAAGGAAAGAAACCAGUGGAAGAAAAUGGUCAGAAAACAUCUGAAUUAAAUAGAGCACUUGGCUUAGAUCUUUCUCUACAGAAAGAAGCAGUAGAAUCAGGUGACGCAGAAAUCACAACUGGAAUAGCUGAAGCAAUUGAAGAUUCUCCGAGCAAAACUAAGGGGCUUGUGGAAGAAACACCAGAUGCUGACGGGGCUUCUCCAACCACACAAACUAUAUUAGAAGAGAUGCUCGAAAGCCCGGAAAUACUGGACAAGUCAACACCAGAAGUCGAAGAAGAAGAUGACUUUGUUGACUUAAAAGAGGAAAGCAGUCUGCCUUUACCUUCAGAAGAGUCUGUACCAACAGGCAGUGAAGAGCACAACAACCUUGACAAUGAAAGCCAAGUAACUCCAGCAGUAGAACAGGAAAUUAUCUCUGAGAAAGAGCCAGAGCCAACACCUUUAGAGUCUGAAGGUGCUGAAGGCCGGGAUGAGACAAAGCAGGAAUUGGCUUCAGUGUCAGAAAUGAGAAGUUCUCAAAUCCAAGAGGGGACAACUCAACUCAAUUCAGAACCAAAUGAAAAGUUAGAGGAAGAAAAAACUCUUGUCAGUGAAACCAGAGUAACUGGAGAAGAUGGAAACGCGCUUACUUUAGAAGUUUCCAUGCCCUCCGAGAAAAAAAUUGCCAAGCUUGAUGUUUCUAGUGUUGCAUCAGAUACAGAGAGAUUGGAACUGAGAGCCAGCACAAGCCUGGAAGCCACUCAGUCUCACAGACCCCUGCCUGAGACAUCACGACAGCAAGAUUCAUCAGGGCAAGAUUUAGCUGCUACAUCAGAUGGGCAGAGACGAGAUUCCAGGUCUACCAUGUUUCGUAUCCCUGAAUUUAAGUGGUCACAGAUGCACCAACGUUUGCUCACAGAUUUACUUUUUUCAGUAGAAACAGAUAUACAAAUGUGGAGAAGCCAUUCUACGAAGACAGUGAUGGACUUUGUGAACAGCAGUGACAACGUCAUCUUUGUACAUAACACGAUUCACCUAAUCUCUCAAGUUAUGGACAACAUGAUUAUGGCUUGUGGUGGUAUAUUGCCAUUGCUUUCUGCUGCUACAUCUGCUACUCAUGAACUGGAAAAUAUUGAGCCAACUCAAGGACUUUCAAUAGAGGCUUCAGUAACGUUUCUCCAGAGAUUAAUCAGCCUUGUGGACGUGCUAAUUUUUGCAAGCUCUCUUGGCUUCACUGAGAUUGAGGCUGAGAAAAACAUGUCAUCUGGGGGAAUUUUGCGACAGUGCCUUCGACUGGUGUGUGCAGUGGCAGUAAGAAAUUGUUUGGAGUGUCAGCAGCAUACCCAACUGAAACCUAAUGCAGAAACUUUAAAGAGUCACAAGACAAUUCAUAGCCUGACAGGAGCAGGAAAAUCUUCAGCAAAGAGUCCAGUCGACAUUGUGACAGGUGGGGUUUCUCCAAUACGAGACCUUGAUAGACUUCUGCAGGAUAUGGAUAUUAACCGACUUCGCGCAGUAGUAUUCCGAGAUAUAGAGGAUAGCAAACAGGCUCAGUUUUUGGCCUUGGCUGUUGUGUAUUUUAUAUCAGUCCUCAUGGUAUCAAAAUACAGGGACAUAUUGGAACCUCAGAAUGAAAGAAAAAAACCUCAUCGAAGCCAGUCCUUUAAGGGAUCAGAGAAUGGAAGUAGUGAAACAACUACAGAUGCAGAAAACCCCUCUGCUACUCUUGGUGGUUCAACUCCAGUUUCUGCUGAAGAUUCUGAAAGUACAUCCUCUGUACGAAGAAGAGACUCUGGCCUUGGAGAGGAAUCGACUUCAGGUCAAGCAAACAAUUCAGAUGUUGUAGCUGAAGCAGUACCUCAGUGUGUCAGCUCAGGCCCCGAUGCCAUCAGUGAAGUUCUAUGCACGCUUUCUUUAGAAGUCAAUAAAUCUCAGGAAAAUCAGAGUGAGGCAGGAAAUGAGUUGGAUAAUAAACCUGCAUCUUCUGUAGCAGCUGCCAAAAAUGUCAAUGUAAAGGACAUCCUUAGAAGCUUGGUUAGCACCCCAGCAGAUGGGGCUGCAGCGGAUGCUUCUCUUCUACCACCAACCUUCCUUGGAGCUCUUGGUGAUACAGCAGCUGAGCAGCCUGUGCAGUUCCAUUCCUUUGAUAGGAGUGUUGUUGUACCUCCAAAGAAGUCAGCCGGUUCCUCUUCUGCAGCUACUACGAAUCUACCCACACAUGCAGUGAGUGUGGUUUCUUCGCUAGACUCGGCGCAGGCCCCAGACCUGACAGGGGAAUCUCCUGGAAAGGGAUCAUCUAAUUCAAAAUUACCGUCAGUCCCUACGGUUUCUUCAGUGCCUGAGGAUUCAGUCUCAAAUAUGAGUAUUACAGAGAGGCUUGAGCAUGCUUUGGAAAAGGCUGCCCCACUUCUAAGAGAGAUUUUUGUGGAUUUUGCUCCAUUUCUUUCUCGCACUCUAUUGGGUAGCCAUGGGCAAGAGCUGCUGAUAGAAGGUACAAGUCUUGUGUGCAUGAAAUCUAGUAGUUCAGUUGUGGAGUUGGUCAUGCUGCUUUGUUCUCAGGAGUGGCAGAACUCAAUACAGAAGAAUGCAGGCCUAGCCUUUAUUGAACUUGUCAACGAGGGAAGAUUGUUAAGCCAAACUAUGAAGGACCACUUAGUAAGAGUGGCAAAUGAAGCAGAAUUUAUCUUGAGCAGACAGAGAGCAGAGGAUAUUCACAGGCAUGCUGAAUUUGAGUCACUGUGCGCCCAGUAUUCUGCUGAUAAACGAGAAGAAGAAAAAAUGUGUGAUCAUUUGAUUAGAGCCGCCAAGUACCGGGACCAUGUGACUGCAACCCAACUAAUACAGAAAAUUAUCAACAUUCUGACAGACAAGCAUGGAGCCUGGGGAAGUUCUGCACCAAGUCGUCCUCGUGAGUUCUGGCGCCUUGACUACUGGGAAGAUGACUUGCGGCGCCGGCGACGAUUUGUGCGUAACCCCCUUGGAUCGACACAUCCUGAAGCGACACUAAAAGCAGCCAUAGAACAUGGUCAGUGUAAAAACUGCUUCUUGCCAAUAGCAGCAGCUCCCGAGGAAGACGUGCUGGUUAGGGGCAAGCAGUCCAUCAAGAGCCAGGCCCUGGGAAACCAGAACUCGGAGAGUGAGAUUCUCCUGGAAGGCGAUGACGAUACCCUGUCAUCCAUCGAGGAAAAAGACUUGGAGAACUUAACGGGUCCAGUUAGCCUGUGUACACCAGCUCAGCUUGUGGCACCCUCUGUAGUAGCGAAGGGCACUCUUUCCAUCACCUCUUCUGAACUCUACUUUGAAGUAGAUGAAGAAGAUCCUAGUUUUAAGAAAAUCGACCCCAAGAUUCUAGCUUAUGCAGAAGGACUCCAUGGAAAAUGGCUUUUUACAGAGAUUCGUUCAGUCUUUUCCCGACGCUAUCUCUUGCAAAAUACAGCACUGGAAAUCUUCAUGGCAAACAGAGUCGCUGUCAUGUUCAACUUCCCAGACCAAGCAACAGUAAAGAAAGUGGUCAACUGUCUACCUCGUGUUGGCAUUGGUACUAGUUUUGGACUACCACAAACCAGGCGGAUCUCUUUGGCUAGCCCUCGUCAGAUUUUCAAAGCUUCCAACAUGACGCAGAAGUGGCAGCACAGAGAAAUUUCAAACUUUGAAUAUCUGAUGUUUCUAAAUACUAUAGCAGGACGUACUUACAAUGACUUAAAUCAGUACCCAGUAUUCCCUUGGGUUAUCACGAAUUAUGAAUCGGAAGAGCUGGACCUUACACUUCCUAGCAACUUCAGGGAUUUGUCAAAGCCUAUUGGUGCUCUAAACCCAAAGAGAGCAGCAUUCUUUGCAGAGCGAUAUGAGUCAUGGGAAGACGAUCAAGUUCCAAAGUUUCACUAUGGCACGCAUUAUUCAACUGCAAGUUUUGCACUCACGUGGAUGUUAAGAAUUGAGCCCUUUACAACACUUUUCCUCAACUUACAAGGUGGGAAGUUUGACCAUGCAGAUAGAACAUUUUCAUCAGUUUCAAGAGCAUGGCGCAACAGCCAGCGUGACACCUCAGAUAUUAAGGAGCUGAUUCCUGAAUUUUAUUAUCUCCCAGAGCUGUUUGUCAAUAGCAACAAUUACAAUCUAGGAGUGAUGGAUGAUGGAACAGUGGUAUCUGAUGUUGAACUUCCACCAUGGGCCAAAACUCCAGAAGAAUUUGUUCGUAUAAACAGAUUGGCCUUGGAGAGUGAGUUUGUUUCAUGCCAGCUUCACCAGUGGAUUGAUCUAAUUUUUGGCUACAAACAGCAAGGGCCAGAGGCUGUCCGAUCCCUGAAUGUAUUCUACUAUUUAACCUAUGAAGGAGCAGUGAAUUUGAGUUCGAUAACAGAGCCUGUAUUGAGAGAGGCUGUUGAAGCUCAAAUACGAAGUUUUGGACAGACCCCUUCCCAACUGCUCAUAGAGCCACAUCCUCCAAGAAGUUCUGCCAUGCAGGUGUAUCUCCUCCUGCAGAGUCCAUUGAUGUUCACAGACCAAGCUCAACAGGAUGUCAUAAUGGUCCUAAAGUUCCCGUCCAACUCCCCUGUCACUCACGUAGCAGCCAACACCCAGCCUGGCCUGGCAACUCCUGCUGUGAUCACAGUCACUGCUAACAGGCUGUUUGCUGUAAACAAGUGGCACAAUCUUCCUGCUCAUCAAGGUGCUGUACAGGACCAGCCAUACCAGCUGCCAGUGGAAAUCGAUCCUCUCAUAGCCACCAAUACAGGUAUGCACAGGAGACAAAUCACUGACCUUUUAGACCAAAGCAUUCAGGUUCAUUCUCAAUGUUUUGUCAUCACUUCCGAUAAUCGUUACAUCCUUGUGUGUGGCUUCUGGGACAAGAGUUUCCGAGUUUAUUCUACUGAUACAGGUAAACUGAUACAAGUAGUGUUUGGGCACUGGGAUGUUGUUACCUGCCUUGCCCGUUCAGAAUCCUACAUUGGAGGAAAUUGCUACAUUCUCUCAGGCUCACGUGAUGCAACACUGCUGCUUUGGUACUGGAAUGGUAAAACCAAUAACAUUGGUGACAACCUAAAUGGUGAUUUUGCCACUCCCCGAGCCAUCUUGACAGGACACGACUAUGAGAUCACUUGUGCUACAGUUUGUGCUGAACUUGGCUUGGUAAUAAGUGGUUCCAAAGAAGGACCAUGUCUCAUACAUUCUAUGAAUGGAGACCUAUUGAGGACAUUAGAAGGUCCUGAAAAUUCCUUGAGACCGAAACUUAUACAGGCUUCAAGAGAAGGCCACUGUGUCGUAUACUAUGAAAAUGGCGUUUUCUGUGUAUUCAGUGUGAAUGGAAAACUUCAGGCUGCUAUGGAAACAGAUGAUAACAUAAGGGCAAUCCAGCUGAGCCGUGAUGGACAGUACCUGCUUACAGGAGGAGACAAUGGAGUUGUCAUGGUAUGGCAAGUUUGGGACCUCAAGCAACUUUUUGCGUACCCAGGAUGUGAUGCUGGCAUCCGAUCUAUGGCCCUGUCAUAUGACCAAAGGUGCAUAAUGACGGGUAUGGCUUCUGGAAGCAUAGUGGUUUUCUACAAUGAUUUCAAUCGCUGGCAUCAUGAAUAUCAAACAAGAUACUGAUGUUGAAACAGACCAAGACUAGCACUGACACAAGCAGCUGCUGAAACUGGACAUACAAAGUCUCUAUUCAGUAUCCUGCUGUAGGAUUGCUCAUUAUAAAUAGCUAUAUUAGAUCUGAAUGUAACUUAAAUUUGCUGGAAGAAGCAAACUAUUUUUUAAAGUUAAUUGCUAUUUUUGUAGACCUUGCUUGACUUUUUGGGGGAAAGGGCAAAGAAGCAGAAAAACGGCUGCUGGGUUCUGUAGUUAAAAAUCUAUAUUUUUAGUCAUAAUAAGAAGUCUAUUUUGAUCCAUGUAUGAAAAGAAACCUAAAAUAAAGAGGGUUAAAACUCUUAUUCUAACUCUAUUAUGGAGAAAGAUGUUUCCCAUCUGAAUAUCUAUAACCUGAGGAAUAUAUGAUUUUAACAAAAUGACAACGGGUUAUAAAAUUUGGGAUAUUUUAAUCUGCGCUACCUGUACUACACUUUGUCUUGUACUUUUCCAAAUGAUUAUACUUCUUCAGCACUGAGGUUUCUUGGAAUCAAUAGUAAUAUUUAAAUUAUGAUAAAUGUAAUUUUGGACAUUAAGAGGAAUUGUUUCCAUCAAUAUUGCUACUCAAGCAUGUUUCUAGGUCUAGACAGUUAGUUCAUUUUUUAGUUAUAUGUUUUGUGCAGUUAAGAGAGAAAUCAGCGAUGGCGUCUGUGUUGCAUCAAGUGUGAAUCCUCCUAGUUUUUACCCAAUAUCCCCUCAAAGCACACCAAAAUGUUCAUUGUUCCUCAAAAUCAAAACUAACUUGGGGAGUUUGGACAUGUCCUCAGACUAGCAAGCUACAUAGCAUUUCUUUUUAAUUAGAUGCAAGUACCAAAGCACACUUCUGCUGUUUGACUGUGAAAGCACCAUGAGGCAGACAUACGUUGCCUCAACACCUCAGCAGAAGCUCUAGACUUGCAGGCUUUCUUUCCAUUUUACCAGAGUUUAUCAGAACUAACUGCCACAGUUAUGUAGCACAUACCACAUCUUGUUCUGUCUAUGGCAACAAAUUCUUUCAGUCUCUGCUGUCACCAAAUCCAAUCAAAUCCUGUCCAAUCAUGUUAAUAAAUUAGCUCCUCUUCCUCGUAGGAAAUAAAAAAAAAAUUUAUACUAAGGAACAAUAAGUUAUUUUGGUGUUGCCUAAUUCUACUUUUCUACAAGAUUGCUGUGCAGAAUUCUGUGAAAAUAUUUGUGAAAAGAACUGUAUUGUUUUGUAAGUGUAUUGCAUAAAAAUCUUCUUUGUAUCUCGUGAUCUGAGUUAAAAAUUACAUUCCAUAUCUGCAUCAAUGUAUACAUUUCUCUUACUGCCUACUGGAACAGGUCCCAUUUUUCUAAGCAUUUAAUUACUGUCUCUUUAAGCAAGAUUUGGAAUGAGAAAAUUCAGUUUGAGUGAAGAAAUUCAAUAAAAUGGCAUUUGUAAUUGAGAUCUUCAA